CCUCCCCUCUCUCGCCCGCUUUCUGUCAGCCUCUCUCCCUCUCCCACUCCCCCCUCUCUCUCUUCCUCUCUCGCACCUGAGCACACGCACCUGCCCGGGCCCGGCUCCGCUCCCUCCUCCUUCCUCCCCUUCCCUCCCCCUUCCCCGCCCCGGCCGGAAGGCUCCGGUCGCGGCCGCUGGAGCCUAGCGGCUGCGUCACCGCCGCCCCCCCAGACAAGAUGGACACCGCGGAGGAAGACAUAUGUAGAGUGUGUCGGUCAGAAGGAACACCUGAGAAACCUCUUUAUCAUCCUUGUGUGUGUACUGGCAGUAUUAAGUUUAUCCAUCAAGAAUGCUUAGUUCAGUGGCUGAAACACAGUCGAAAAGAAUACUGUGAAUUAUGCAAGCACAGAUUCGCUUUCACACCAAUUUAUUCCCCAGAUAUGCCUUCACGGCUUCCAAUCCAGGACAUAUUUGCUGGACUGGUUACAAGUAUUGGCACUGCAAUACGAUAUUGGUUUCAUUAUACACUUGUGGCCUUUGCAUGGUUGGGAGUUGUUCCUCUUACAGCAUGCCGCAUCUACAAGUGCUUGUUUACUGGCUCUGUGAGCUCCCUCCUGACGCUGCCGCUGGACAUGCUGUCCACGGACAACUUGUUGGCGGAUUGUUUGCAGGGUUGUUUUGUGGUGACGUGCACACUGUGCGCGUUCAUCAGCCUGGUGUGGCUACGAGAGCAGAUUGUCCACGGGGGAGCCCCAAUAUGGCUGGAGCACGCCGCUCCGCCCUUCAAUGCUGCUGGGCAUCACCAAAAUGAGGCUCCAGCUGGAGGAAAUGGUGCUGAAAAUGUUGCCCCCGAGCAGCCUGCUAACCCCCCAGCGGAGAAUGCGGUGGUGGGGGAAAACCCUGAUGCCCAGGACGAGCAGGCGGAGGAGGAGGAGGAGGAGAACGAGGAGGAAGACGACGCAGGAGGGGAGGAUGCAGCCGACGCCAACAACGGGGCGCAGGAUGACAUGAACUGGAAUGCUUUAGAAUGGGACCGAGCUGCAGAAGAGCUUACGUGGGAACGAAUGCUAGGACUUGAUGGAUCACUAGUUUUUCUAGAACAUGUCUUUUGGGUGGUGUCUUUAAACACACUGUUCAUUCUUGUUUUUGCAUUUUGCCCUUACCACAUCGGUCACUUUUCUCUUGUUGGUUUGGGAUUUGAAGAACACGUCCAGGCGUCUCAUUUUGAAGGCCUAAUCACAACCAUAGUUGGGUAUAUACUUUUAGCAAUAACAUUGAUAAUUUGUCAUGGGUUGGCAACUCUUGUUAAAUUUCAUAGGUCUCGUCGCUUGCUAGGAGUCUGCUAUAUUGUUGUUAAGGUCUCUUUGUUAGUGGUGGUAGAAAUUGGAGUUUUCCCUCUCAUUUGUGGCUGGUGGCUGGAUAUCUGUUCCUUGGAAAUGUUUGAUGCUACUCUGAAAGAUCGGGAGCUGAGCUUUCAGUCGGCCCCAGGCACUACCAUGUUUCUGCACUGGCUGGUGGGAAUGGUGUAUGUGUUCUACUUUGCCUCCUUCAUUCUGUUACUGAGAGAGGUACUUCGACCUGGUGUUUUAUGGUUUCUAAGGAAUUUGAAUGACCCAGAUUUUAAUCCAGUACAAGAAAUGAUUCAUUUGCCUAUUUAUAGGCAUCUUCGAAGAUUUAUUUUGUCAGUGAUUGUCUUCGGCUCCAUCGUCCUCCUGAUGCUGUGGCUGCCUAUACGGAUAAUCAAGAGUCUGCUGCCUCAUUUUCUCCCAUACAAUGUCAUGCUCUAUAGUGAUGCUCCAGUGAGUGAACUGUCCCUUGAGCUGCUUCUGCUUCAGGUUGUCUUACCAGCGUUACUCGAACAGGGACACACGCGGCAGUGGCUGAAGGGACUGGUGCGAGCCUGGACUGUCACUGCUGGAUACUUGCUGGAUCUUCAUUCCUACUUGUUGGGAGACCAGGAGGAAAAUGAGAACAGUGCAAACCAACAGGUUAACAAUAACCAGCAUGCCCGAAAUAACAACGCUAUUCCCGUGGUGGGGGAAGGCCUGCACGCAGCCCACCAAGCCAUACUCCAGCAGGGCGGGCCUGUCGGCUUUCAGCCUUACCGCCGGCCUUUAAAUUUUCCACUCAGGAUAUUUUUGUUGAUUGUCUUCAUGUGUAUAACCUUACUGAUUGCCAGCCUCAUCUGCCUUACUCUACCAGUAUUUGCUGGCCGUUGGUUAAUGUCAUUUUGGACCGGGACUGCCAAAAUCCAUGAGCUCUACACAGCUGCCUGUGGUCUCUAUGUUUGCUGGCUCACUAUCCGGGCAGUGACGGUACUUGUGGCGUGGAUGCCACAGGGACGCAGAGUGAUCUUCCAGAAGGUCAAGGAGUGGUCCCUCAUGAUAAUGAAGACUGUGAUUGUGGCAGUGCUGCUGGCUGGGGUGGUCCCACUUCUUCUGGGGCUUCUGUUUGAGCUGGUUAUUGUUGCUCCCCUGAGGGUUCCUUUGGAUCAGACUCCUCUUUUUUACCCGUGGCAGGACUGGGCACUUGGAGUCCUGCAUGCCAAAAUCAUUGCAGCUAUAACACUGAUGGGUCCUCAGUGGUGGCUGAAAACUGUAAUUGAGCAGGUUUACGCAAAUGGCAUCCGGAACAUUGACCUUCAGUACAUCGUUCGGAAACUGGCAGCGCCAGUGAUCUCUGUGCUCUUGCUUUCCUUGUGUGUACCUUACGUCAUUGCGUCCGGCAUCGUUCCUUUACUCGGUGUUACUGCGGAAAUGCAAAAUUUGGUCCAUCGGCGGAUUUAUCCAUUUUUGCUGAUGGUUGUGGUGUUGAUGGGAAUUUUAUCCUUCCAGGUCCGCCAGUUUAAGCGCCUUUAUGAACAUAUUAAAAAUGACAAGUACCUUGUGGGCCAGCGCCUCGUGAACUAUGAACGGAAAUCCGGCAAACAAGGCACGUCACCACCACCUCCACAGUCGUCCCAGGAAUAAAGUGGUUGUCUCCACUACCUUGGCCUUCCCCUUGCCUUCACGUGUCCUUUUUUGUGGACUUCUCUCUCUGGAGAUUUCCCCAGUGAUCUCUCAGCAUUGUUUUUAAGUUAGGUGUCUUUGACUUGUGUGCUCAGCACUCAGCGAGCAGCAGCGAGACCCUGCCGCCCUUGCAUCUUCUGACAUCACUGCUGUCCGAGGUCUGUACAUGUGUAAAUAGAAGUUCCUGGAUACCCUAGAGCCCUGGAGUAAACAGAAUGUGCAUUGUACAUCUUUAAACAAAAUGUAUAUUAAUUUAUUAAAUCUAGUUGUCACUUUAUUUUGGACCUGCUGUGAUCUUGACAGGAAAUGUGCCACAGAGCUGUAGUGCAGAGGCAGACUUUUUAAUGACAUCGUUUGGAGCACGAUGUCCUGGUGUUCCUAGCAGUUCUUUUUAAGUGAACUGUGCGUUCUGUGUGUCUUGGCUGUUCAGACCUUACCAAGAACGUAAAAGGAAACAAGUAGAAAUCAACAGUGGAGUGUCUGUGCUAAGAAAACAUGAACUUGUGCUUCACUGUCAAUCGUUUUUGGAAGUUAUUUUGUAUAACACCAAAGCUGUUGUACAUUUUCUACUGCCUGAUUUUUUUUCAUAUGUCUGUGUUUGUAAUAUUGUAUAGUAUCUUGUGCUAGGUGAGGAAAUUAUUUUUAAUUUUGAUAAUUUAAUAUUCCUAGUGAUCAGCAUCGGGAGUAGGGGUUUUGUGCUUGUUAGGGGCAUGUCUAUACUUAAGAGGAAAAACAAAAGUCCAAAAGUUUUUUCUUUGGGUCCCCCAAUUCCCCUUUCCCACACACAGCUGUCCUUUUGGCAGCAGUGGCCAGGAGUCACUCACGAUCAUAAAUCUUAAGAAAAUAACAUCACCAGUGACCCUACAUCUUCCUGGAAUAAGGGCAUACUGAAUGUCUGUCCAGUGUAGCCGGGGUUUGUGGUCUUAGGUUGACAGCAUUAGAUUGUGGGCUUAGAUUAGAGGAGACUGGCUGGAGCCCCAGGUCCCACUGGCGAGCACGUCCCUGGGUGAGGAUUAGGGCCAGUGCUUUUCUCAGAAGUUUCUGAAGCUUUUUGUUUACAGAAUAAAACUUGUCAGUGAAAUCAGCUUGGUUUUAUUUGACCAGGAGGAAGCUGGCCACGCUGGCCUUUUAACAUAGGAGUGCAAAGUGUAUUUCAUUGAAAGCAUGCUGUAAAAUCUCAGAAGGCAGAGCACUUAGAGACUUGGUUUUCCCGUAUAACCAAAGCUUCAAGUGAGAGAUGGAGAGAGAGAAUGGUCGGGCCUGUGAUCCCAGUGUUUGAUGGUGAUGGUAUAUUGUAAGGGGAGUGUUUGUUUUAUGAAUGAUAACUUAGAAGUUCUCAGAGAAAAUGGUCAGCAAAGGUCUUAAAAAACCAUAAAAGAGUUUCCAUAUAGUAUUAAAACCCAUAGGCUUAAAUCCAAGGAUUUUUAAAGUGUGAGAGUCAGCCAAACAUAAGCUACCAAAAUCAAAAGCACCAGGUUCUGAUUGUUUCAUAUUUCAGCAAUUUUUCCUGAAGUGGUAAGUGAGAACUUUAAAACAUCAGUAUCAAAAAAAGAAAAAGCUUGACAUAGGACUCAGUGUUACAGUUUCCACACUUGGUGGUGGCCCUUUCUCAUGUUUGAAAUAAGGUCUUUGCUAGCCCUGCCUUCACUUAGAAAUCUAGUCCUACUGUAAAAAUCAGCAUUUUUUAAACAUAAUGCCACUUGUUAUGGUGUAUGUCUAUAUAAAUUGUUCUCUUUGGGGGAAAAAUAUGAUCAAAUUGGGCAUAUAACUUUAAUUAUGUUAAUUUUGUUUCUUUUUAAAUUUUUCAGAGAAUUUGUAGAUCUUGAUACAAAGUUAUUGGAACACGUUUAUCUGUCUUGCCAGAAAGAAAUCUAGACAGAUACCACAAUAGAUAAAAAUUGUUACUCUACAAAAUUUUAAAUGAAUCUUAUCAGAUAUUUUGUUAAAAAAAAAAAGAAAAAAAGAAUGGCCAAAAAGUUGCCCUCCAUCUCACUGGCAGAUCCCUUUGUUUUCUCUUACUUAAGGGUCUCCCCUGGGUUUCAUCUGUGCUUUGUCCUGUUGUUUUCAGUGAGGUGAAUGCUUUCAUGAGGAAAGCAUUUGCUGGCAUACCAUUUACUUGGGUAGCAUCAAGAUUUUAUUAUUAACUAAUAGUAUUAUAAAUGUUUAAACUUCUAGUUCAGAAAGUGCUACUAUUGCUACCCUUCUUCAUGUAGAAUUAAAAAAAAAAAUAGUCUAGUUCUGCAUCAUCUUACAUUGGGCUAAAACUGUCUUCAAGGAAGUUCUUUAGGAAAGAUCUUUUUGCUUUACUUUCCCUGUUUAUAAAUUGAAGACAAAUCAACAUUUUGGGGUUAGUUUUACAUGACCAGUUAUCAAAUGGUCACAGUAUGAAGUGUGUAGUUGUUCAUUAUUAGCAAAUUAUGUUUGAUUUUUAAACUACUAUUAAGUACUAAUAGUUGAGAUGAAAGCUGAAGAAAAAAAUGCCAAUGUGAAGUUUGUGUAUACCUAGCCUUAAAAAAGCUCCAUGUUUUUAGGUGAUUUUUUUUUUCCUGUUAGUUCUCUGGAAAAACAAUGGAGAUUGGACAUCUCAAUUCCAGAUGUAAAUGAAAAGUAAUUUUUAUUUCAACAUUUAAUAUAACUGUUAUUACUGUGGAUUCUUGUCUUGUGUUUUUUCUUUCCUUUAUUCAAGUAAUAGAGAAUAACUUUUUCUCAGAUGAUUUGAUCCUAGAUGGUAUGUCCUUUCUGUAUUGGCAAAAUGCUACUAUUAAAGUGUAAUUCUUGAAUUUAGGUUGAAUUAAUGACUUUUUAAAACACACACACCCUUACUCACUCAUUUACUUACUCUGAAGAAUGUUGCACCAGCGUAAGAACAUUGGCAUUUUUAAAAUGUUCAUGUAAGCUACUUAUUCUCGUUUUCAGGACUGAACAUUUUAGGCUCUCUUACUGUGAUAAAUUUUUUAUAUUGUAAAAUUAAAUGAUUAUGUUUAAAAUACUCCUUAAGAAUGUUACCUGUUCAGUCGCCUUCAAGAAGAAAACAAAUGUCUUAGCACAGAGGUACUAGGAGAAGUCUGACCUGUGAAGAUUCUCUAACUUCCUUGUGUCUUCCUCAUUAACGUGCCCUGCAGUCAGGUGUUUUUGCUUUCAGUCUGUUACCGCCCUCUGUCAUUUUUAAAAAACAGCCAUCAUGAGUAAAUAAGGGCUUCUUUCAGAUGAUCCCCAACAAUAUCUUGGGCAUUUAAUGCAACAUGAAGAUAGGAUACAUCUGUUUUCAUUCCCAUCUGUUUUGUAUGAGUGCCUCAUUUUGUAGUCAUGAAAUUAGUACCUUAAAUGAAAAUGUAAUGACCAUAGGGCCUAGAAAUGACUGUUGUAGAAGCUCAAUAAAUAGAACAUUUACGUAGUUGGGAUGUCAGUUUUCUACUAAACACAGAUACACAGACCAACUUUAUGUGUACAUAAAGUGCUCCCUUUUUUAUGUGGUCCUUUGUUGCCUUCUGAGUUGAGAGAACAAAAUUGAAUAAAACUGUUAGUUGUAGCCUA